AUGGGAGUGAAUGGUCAUGUCAGACAAGGUCCUUGUUGUCUUCAAAGGGUUUGUUCUCUGGUGCACUUCAGUUUCUGUCGUCUACUCUCUUUGCUGUUUGCUAUAGGCACCAUUUGUUAUAAAUGCAUUACAGGCUCAACUCUCACUCAUUCUGCCUAUGUGUGCUCUUACAGGGCGGAGCCCAAGAAGAAGAAGAAAGUGGACCCUCGUAGAGCGCAGAUGGUGAGAGAGACUGAGCUCAUUCCCAUAGAAGACUUCAUAACCUCUGCCAAAUGCAUGGAUGAGGCCAGGUCUGGCUCACACCUUUAGUGCUUGAAUUAAUGGAGUGGCUGACAGUCCCAUACAAAAUCAGGGCACCAUCAUCAGAUAUACUAUGGUGGGCACCCCCUACUAUUGGGCACAUCCAUAAAUGUUGAAUAUUCACUGUUGCUUCACCCCCAAUAGUGGCUUAGUUUGAACCCUGCUUACCAUAGUGAUCUCCAGUGGCGAUUUUAGCAUGUCAAUCUUACUGGGGCAAACAAAACAAAAAUGUGAGAUGCAUGCCAGCAAAGCCGCUACACACCACUAAACAAUACAUUAAUUGCACUAUAACUGUGACAAACAGUGCCCACAAACUGUUAGGGCCUACAUAAAGCUGUCCCAACAUCUUACCACUGCUACACUUGGCUAUCAGCGGAGCCUUGUCUGACAGUGAAACAGUUAAUUCAGCCUCAUUUACUGCCUUUAAAAACAUAGCUGAUAUAUAUAUAUAUAUAUAUAUAUAUAUAUAUAUAUAUAUAUAUAUUAAUUGUACCUUUAUUUAACUAGGCAAGUCAGUUAAGAACAAAUUCUUAUUUACAAUGACGGCCUACACCGGCCAAACCCGGACAACGCUGGGCCAAUUGUGUGCCGCUCUAUGGGACUCCCAAUCACGGCCGGUUGUGAAACAGCCUGGAAUCGAACCAGGGGGUCUGUAGUGACGCCUCAAGCACUGAGAUGCAGUGCCUUAGACCGCUGCGCCACUCGGGCUGACUUGCUUAAACAAAUGUGGUUUCUAAUGACAAUUGAGAUGUACAAACUUUGGCAGGGGUAUUCAAAUGCAAUUUGAGAAGGUCCAGUCACACAAAUUUCCUAAGUGGGAAAGGUCCUGAUAGAAUAGAUAUUUUAAUGUAUCGGUGCUCUAGUACAGCAUAGUAACAAACUUACCAUUGUCCAUAUUAUGAUUUGGGAUACAAGGUUUUAUAUCAAAUGUUUUCAGGACUACUAUUAAAUACAUUAAAUGAGACCAAUCAGAUACAUUUUAAUGAAUUACAAACAACUUCUUUAUUUUGAUUGUGAAAAUGUGCAUUGUACAGGCUGUACUGUAGUAGUAAGUAGGCUAUUACUAUUUUGUGAUGCAACAUUUACCCAUCUGAAGGUCUGUUUUGCUUCCUCUGAAAACUCUGACAUUUGUGACCAAGAAGGGGUUCUGUAAGAACAGCAGCAGUUGUCUUCCAAGAGCAAAGUCAUCAAAGCGAGCCUUGAAGUUAUCCAUCAGCUUCUGUAUGAAAUCACCAUGGUGGGGCACAUCUUUCUCUCCCUUGGUUUGCUCCAAAAGUUUGGGGAAGUGGACAAGUUCUCCCUGGAGAUCAGUCUUAAUAAUCUGCAAUUUUCUCUGGAAAGCCCGGACUGCUGUUAUCAAAUCACACACUGUGUUGUUCUGUCCCUGCAGCUUAACAUUGAGCUCAUUAAGAUGUGAUAUAAUGUCUGCCAAAAAUGCAGCUGUUUGCAUUUUCUCCACAUCUUCCAAAAACUCUGUAAACUAAGUUGCCUUUUCACUCUUUUGCUCUGAUAGGAAAGAUUUGAUCUUCUCCCGAAUGGCCCAAAAGCACUCCAAAACCCUGCCUUUGCUGAGCCAUCUGACAUUGUUGUGCAGUACUAAGUCAUCAUAGCUGGCAUUAACCUCUGUCAGAAAGCCUCUUAGCAGAUGAUGCUGUAGGGAUGAUGAUGCUCUCAAAAAGUUUCUCUGUUUCAUCAUUGUUGUCAUGACCUCAGCAUACACUUCUCCCAGACUGGCACACAGGACAGAUUGGUGGAUGAUGCAGUGGUAAGAUGUCAGGUCAAGGUGGUCCUCUUUCAACCGUGAAACCAGUCCCCUCCCUCUUCCUAUCAUGGCUGGAGCUCCAUCUGUGGUGAUGGAGACCACCGACUUCAGAUCUAUUCCCCUUUUUGUCAGCAUCCCUUUGAUGGCCUCAUGAAUGUCCUCUCCUCGUGUGUGUGCUUCAAGAGUUGUUAAAACCAACAGGUCCUCACAGAAUUCCUUUUUUGUUUUGUCAUAAAAUCGCACAAAAACCAUAAGCUGGGCAUUAUCGGUGGUAUCUGUUGAUUAAUCCACAGCUAAAGAAAUGCAUGGUGCAUUCUGAAUGGCCUCAAGUUGUGAAAUCACAUCUUCAGCUAAUAUUUCAGUUAUCCAAAUUGCUGUGGAAUCUGACAUUGGGAUCUGUUUGAUAUUUUCCUUCAGCUCAUCUUUACCAUCAAGCAAGGUCUCAGCAACUUCACUCAUGCAUUCUUUAACCAGCUUUGCGUCAGUAAAUGGCUUAUUGCGUUUCCCCAAAACCCAAGCUAUUCUCAGUUAGCACUCCAUUGCACGUUCUUGGGCUGUCAGGGAAUGCACAAGAACUUUGGUGGACCUCGCAUAUUGGGCUUUGAGCUGAUUUAUUUUUCUCGUUCUCACCUCUGUGUUUUGGGGAUUCGUUUGCUUGAAAUGACUGUUUUGUGUCAUAGUGGCGCUUCACAUUGGCACUUUUCACGAGCGCUACGGACUCUGAGCAUAUCAGGCACAUUGGUUUUGAACUUGUUGCGGGGAGAAUUAAUGCGUACUUGUCUGUCCACUCGUCUUUGAAAAUGCGAUUUUCGCUAUCAACUUUUAUUUUCUUUGAACAAGACAUCCUCACAUUCACGACGUCUAUCGAUUGACGUAUUUCCGUGUGUGUCUACUUGCUCCCAGUCCCAACACCGUCUUUCACUGUCGAAGAUAUUUGCAUAUAUUUAUGCGGUUGGAUGAGACGCGGCUCUCUUCUUGGGACAAAUGUGCAUAAAUGCACGCUUUUGGAUAGGACGCGGCCCCAGCUGGUGUUUCUUCACCCCUGCCAGAGACAGAGAGAGGCUGCGCUGCACUUGGGAAACGGCGCCGGGUCGAUCAUGUUUGAAAGCUGUCUGAAAUCAAUUAACUGACUUCGAUAUCGUUUGGUGCUGUUCGGUCCGUAUUGAUCCUUUGCUGGGUACGGACACGGACCGUGGUCCGACAUUGGAGUAUCCUUAACUAUGUCAUAAGGGGACGACAAGCUGAUAAGAGGCAAUCCGUAAUUUCGAUUAAGACAUUAAUGAGCGAGCUAGGAAGGACGUAGUCAAAUAACUUUGUUUAGCACUUUUGAAAUGCACAGCACCAGAAUUCAGAACAUGUGCUGUUCUUACAGUUCUUCUUCCUGUACACCAAGUCAGAACCAUAGGAUAAAUAAAGGGGGCAUAUAAGCAGACAAUAAAAGGUCUUACAAUAUUGGAUGGUUCCAUUUCUCUAAAACAGGUUAUAGGCUACAUGUGCACCACCAAGUCAGAACAGUAGGCAAAAUUAAGAGGAGAACAUUGACCAAAUUAUUAGGGUGAGGCACAUGGGCUACUAACAGCUUACUACACAACAUACACAUAUGAUUACUUUCUUAGUUACAGUAUACAUAUCUCCCUGGCAUAUUACAUAAUUUAUGCAGCAGCAUACAAUACAUUUUUGGACUCACCUUGUUGUGCUGUGCUCACUUGUGGUCCUCUGUAGCUCAACUGGUAGAGCACGGCGCUUGUAACGCCAAGGUAGUGGGUUCGAUCCCCGGGACCACCCAUACACAAAAAUGUAUGCACGCAUGACUGUAAGUCGCUUUGGAUAAAAGCGUCUGCUAAAUGGCAUAUUAUUAUUAUUAUUAUUUAACAGGAAGGUGGCGCUGCAGUCCUUCGUGGGCAAAUUUUCUCAAAGUCUGGCAUUCUCUAGAUUUAUGGUGCUUUCAAGACAACUGGGAACUUGGAAAAAAACAAGAUCGAAUCAUGAUUACGUCAAUGAUCCUUAGGCCGUAGCUCUAGAAAAAGGCCAGAGUUUUGGAUUUACAAUUCUGAGUUGGAUGACUGUUCAAAACGUAUUUUCCCAGUUGGAGCUCGUUUUUUCCCAAGUUCCCAGUUGACUGAACUCACUGAAGUCAAGUUUUCGCAGUUCCGAGUUAACAGUUGUUUUGUGCACGGCACAAAUCAUGCUUCAUUGACAGCAUGGCCAAUGUUGAAUGUUUAUCAUUUUAAACUUGGAAAAUAAACCCUUAAUCCCAGAUUUGGGACCACACAGCCACUCCACUGACUAGCAGGCUAGUGAUUCCUUUGCAAUGCUUGCAGUUAGCCACUGAUUCCUUCCAAACCACUCAUUGUUGAAUUUGCGAUUUCCAACUGGUUGUGUAAUGUUUAUGUCCAAUGGCCGAAGAGCACCGAUAUGUUUUGUCUAUAAUUUAUCUUCAUAUGACAAGGAUUAAAAAGGAUUUGCCAGUAGAUUGUCGACUUGAUUCAUGAUGACUGCUAGCUAAGAUUUUGAAAGUAUGAUGUUGACAUGAUCAGUCCAAUCAAAGCUACUUUAGAUAUAACGUGAUUUGGCGUCAUUUUAUCUGUGGCCAAUGACCUUGAGCCUUCUUGGAUGGGCACUUCUAAUGUAACUCUAUGGCAGCACCCAAGGGGCUUGAAUUUUCGAUCUCUACUCUUAGAUUUAGCAGUGAUGUAGUGUCCCCAUGAGUGACAGAAUACUGAGCCAAUCACGGCGCAACUAGUGAACAUUAACACCUACUCUCCGUAUUUUCUGCUGGCUGCCCCACCACCACAGAAAGCACUGAGCUAGGCUGAAACACCUGCAUUUUGGAGCUGCCUUACUCAAGAAAGCAAAAAAGAGACCAUGUUUGUAUUGGGCUUUAUUAACUCAAUGUUGUUGUUGUUGUUGUUUUUACAUUGUUUGCAAACUGAUAUGUGACACCUAUUAAUGCCAAAAUAACAUGCAAAACACCUGCCCUGAAUGACGGGUCGCCACUGGUGAUCUCUAGCAAUAGUCAUACAAAGACUGGAACCAUUUUCAGCACUAAAUCAGCUGAUGGAUUGAAUUUAAUAUUUGAGUACAUUUUGUCAAUAUGUGUGACGCUGUGCUUAACCGAUUGUUCUGUUGAGUUACUCAUACUUAUAGUAUAAUCACACUAUUAGUGCAAUCCAAAUGCAUUGCUCUGUCCUAAUGUACACCUGAACAGGUCCCUACUCUAUUUGUUAAUUUCCCCUAGGGUGCGCUGUGUUCCUCACCUUCCCUGUGAGGAGAGUGAAUGACAGGCUCUACUGCUGAAGGAGUGGUCCUGCUACAAACAGGUAUGUGAUCUUGUAAGCCAAUGUUGGUCGUAACUUUAUCACAGCCCUGUUAAAUAUCCUUAUUUAGAAGAAAAAAAACAGUGAGCAGACAUUUACAGUACCUUCUUUGUAGACAUUUUGUUAUACCCAGUUCCUGUGCCAUAUUUUAAUUUCUUUCCAUCCUGCCCCGCUAUGAGCAGACCCAGCACCGGGUUGAGAUGGAGGCAGUAGGCCUGGCUGUGGAGGCCCAGAGGGAUGCUUUGGAGGAGCUGAGGCUGGAGUCAGAGGAGCUCUACCAGGCAUCACUGAGGCUAGACCCCCUGCUUGUCCCUUUCAACCACCAGGGACCCAACUACACAAGGCCCAGAAUGAGGCACCUGAGGGCAAAUACAUCACCACCAAAGUUUACACCCAGUGAGAGG